UCAGACGUAACACAAUGGAAGCAAUCAUUUGUUUUUAUUUGUACAGGUCGUAGUGUCAAAUGUUCAUAGACUAACGCUAUCAACACGUUACAUAUUUCAGUGCUGUACAUAUUUGUUUCUCUACAUAAUAGACGGGAUACAGCCACCUCCACUGGGCACGCGCACUUCAAAACCGUAUAAUUUGCGUCACUCUAAAAACAGUUGAUUUAUAUUUUGUAUUAUUGUAAAGUUAGGUUUAGGGUUUGGGUAGGCGUAGGGGUUAGCUAAUGUAAUUUAUUGGAAUUCUAUGGCGAGAUAUUGCACCACUUCCGGCCGUAGCUGCAUCCCUUCUAGCUACAACCUAUCUGCGAAGAAGAAGAAGACAGAGCGCCAUGCACGACGUUGAAAUGGCUAAACAACAUCACAGUUCGAACCGCGGUCACUUUUGACCACAAAACACCGCUGUAGAUGAAAAAUCUGUCAUUUCUCGUGUAACGGAGGCCAGCUGUUAGAGGGAGAGCUGUGUGUGCACGCAGAGGCUGCGAGCUCGUCUCUCCCUCGCCGGACCGAUGGCGGUUUCGAGGCUAGGAGGGGUUACAUUCCCGCAUCCCUGAGAACACCCCCCAGGAAAGAAUGAAUUCGGCGAGAGUCCCGUCUGGUCGUGAGGAGAGUAUCACUACAGGUGAGGCAUCAGAAAGUUUGUCAGUAUUUUAUGAGAUCCAAGCGCCUGUGAGAAGGGCGUUGUGUGUUUUUACUGUCCCAGAGAAACCUGUAGGCUCUUUGUUGCGAAAAGCAGGCGGUUACGUCAUCUCGGGGGGAAUGCGCUUUGCGGUUGUUCAACAGGUCAUGCACUCCAUUACAACAGCUGCCCAGCUGGACAAAAAACCCAACCCAACGCUCGCUUCAGUGAUGGCAAGUAGAUAAGCAGGGAGGUACUUUGCAGGUAUAUACUCGAAAAAAGUACCAUUUAUGUGGGAGACUCUACACUAGAACAGUGCAUUAGGUUUUGCUGUAUGCUAAGUGUAUAGUGAUGUAAAAGUGUAAUGUAUUGCAGUUCAUUUUAUUAUACCCACGUUACCCCCAGCCUGUCCGUUUACCAUGGGAAUGGAACUCCCGCCGGCCGUGAUGGAGAGGAAACAGGGGUCUCUGUACACACUUUAUCCUGACCGUUCUUCAUCACUCAGACCAGUUGACCACAGAGGGGUUUCCUGGACAGAGCCCGAUGAAGACAUACCAGACGGUAUGUGUAUGGACCCAGAGGGUCAGUGGGUCGCCUGCUACCAUGGAGGAAGAGAUUUGCGCAUUGACCCACAAACAGGCACCCGACUGCAGACGGUUAAACUGAUGGAGAAGACCAACUCGUGUUGUGCUGGUGGAAAAGAUCACGCUGAUCUGUACGUCACCAACAGGCCGUUUAAAGACAUGGAUGGAGAUUCACUGGCCAUACAGCCUUCGGCUGGCUGCCUAUUUAAGCUCACGGGUGUGGGAGUUCCAUCGUUCUCGUGUACUGGAUAAAAACCAAGAAGACAGCGAUGAUGUUUGUUGAUACGUUACCAUUUUUUCUGAUGAAUCAGCAUUGAUUAUUUGACCACCGUUGUAACCGUGCAACCAUCGCAUUAAUGCAGGAUAACGUGGGACGGAUGAAAAUCUUAGUUUCGUGGUAUUACACACAGGAAAAUAUUUGCCUUAAACUGAUUUGAUAGACCCGAUCAGUGGAUAUAAAAUGCAAUUAUUCACAAAUCCACUUUUUAGACGUGACCUCACAAAAGUAAAACAAUUGUAAACGUUUUCUAAUCCUGUUUACAUUAACCCAACUCUGUGAACAAAAGUAUUCAUGAAUGAUUUCCAGGGAUGGAUUUGAUAGCGAUUUGAUCCUGAUUCCACAUUUGCCAUGUUUAUUAUUGAUCAUCUAAACGUGGGGGAAAAGGUGGACUUCAUGUUUGUGUGAAUCUUAAACAUUCCCCUAGAAAGUGAAGAAAACACAAAUUGACAUUUUUGGUAAUCUGCUGUAUUUAAAUGAGUUUGAA